UCGGCGCAGGCGCAGUCGGCUCUCCCUCCCCGGCUCCCAUCGCAGUGCGCCCGGCCGCGGCGGAGUGGAGCGCCGUCGAUCCGCCGCCGUCCUCGGCGUCUCCGGAGCUGGGCAGGGGACGCGCUCCCUGGCGGCUCUGCGAGCGAGCGCCGCUGAGCGCGGGCGGUGGCCGCGGCGGGUCCGGCAGUUUGCCUGUGUAUCCUUGGCCUGAAUCCCUAAGAGCAUGCUGGGUCAUAUGCUGCACGAACCUGUCACUUUGCUAGCGUAGACGGUCUUAGGAUGAGGCCUUUGCUAUGGCUGAUGACCCCUUGGAAGGCUUCCAUGAAGUGAACCUUGCUUCACCUACUUCUCCGGACCUCCUUGGUGUGUGUGACCCAGGAACCCUAGAGCAGACGACCUCCCCGAGCGUCAUCUACCGGCCACAUCCUUCGUCUUUAUGCUCUGCUCCUCUCCAGGCUAACGCCUUAGAUCUUUCUGAUCUUCCCACACAACCUGUGUACUCAUCUCCUAGGCGUUUAAACUGUUCGGAGAUACCUAACAUCAGCAUCCAUGUUCCGGACCCAGCCUCGUCUGUCACGCCUGGAGUGGCAGUAGGACUCAUUAAGUUAAGUUCAAGGAAGGACAGCUGUAAUGCCGAGAGGGAGUUUUUGCAGGGCGCCACCGUCACAGAGGCUCCCGCCGGCAGCGAUGAUAUCUUUGGGCUGAGUACCGAUAGCCUGUCGCGUUUACGAAGCCCAUCUGUUCUGGAAGUUAGAGAAAAGGGCUACGAAAGGUUAAAGGAAGAACUCGCGAAAGCCCAGAGGGAAUUGAAGUUAAAAGAUGAAGAAUGUGAGAGGCUUUCGAAAGUGCGAGAUCAACUCGGGCAGGAGCUGGAAGAACUCACAGCUAGUCUGUUUGAGGAAGCCCACAAGAUGGUGAGGGAAGCGAAUGUCAAGCAGGCCACGGCGGAAAAGCAGCUGAAGGAAGCCCAAGGAAAAAUUGACGUACUUCAAGCUGAAGUGGCCGCCCUGAAGACACUCGUGCUGUCCAGCUCUCCGACGUCACCGACCCAGGAGCCUCUGGCGGCCGGAAAGACCCCUUUCAAAAGGGGGCACACCAGGAAUAAAAGUACCAGCAGUGCCAUGAGCGGCAGCCACCAGGACCUCAGUGUGAUCCAGCCACUUGUGAAGGACUGCAAAGAGGCCGAUUUAUCUCUGUAUAAUGAAUUCAGAUCUUGGAAGGACGAGCCCACGAUGGACAGAACAUGCCCUUUUUUAGACAAAAUCUAUCAGGAAGAUAUCUUUCCAUGCUUAACAUUCGCAAAAAGUGAGCUGGCUUCAGCUGUCCUGGAGGCCGUGGAGAACAACACUCUAAGCAUCGAGCCUGUGGGGCUGCAGCCCAUCCGAUUCGUGAAGGCUUCCGCUGUGGAAUGUGGAGGGCCAAAAAAAUGUGCUCUCACUGGCCAGAGUAAGUCCUGUAAGCACAGAAUUAAACUAGGGGAUUCAAGCAACUAUUACUAUAUUUCUCCUUUUUGCAGAUACAGGAUCACUUCUGUAUGUAACUUUUUUACAUACAUUCGAUAUAUUCAGCAGGGACUUGUGAAACAGCAGGAUGUUGAUCAGAUGUUUUGGGAAGUUAUGCAGUUGAGAAAGGAGAUGUCGUUGGCAAAGCUGGGAUAUUUCAAAGAGGAACUCUGACGCACUGCAUGGGGCCGUGUGUGCUCCGCCCUGGACAACUGAAGAGUGGCGGAACAUUGUUAUGGUUAAUAUUUAUUUCCGAGGAGAGGACGCAAGACUUAGGUCCUCUUGCAUAUGACACUAAGAAGCGCUGUGAUUUCUCCGAAAGCGACUGAGCUGUACUUACUUAUCCCUUAAUGGAGCGCACUACGAAGAGUUGCAGGUGUGCUGGUGAUGGUAAUUCAACACUGCAAAUCAAAAGCACCAAAUAAAUAUCAGACUGAGUGUGUGUCUCUUCCUUAGCUCUGACUUGACAUAGAGAGUCGCAGACGGCAGCAGGAGUUUUCACGUGGUACCCUGUGGGAAGCAAGGAGGGAGCUGUGUGAACAGGACUCCGUGUGUGUCUGUGUGUAUGUUGACAUUGAAACACAGGUUUUAAUUUGUUUCAUUUUCCACCGUGAGGUUUUUUCUUUUAUUAAUUUUUUUUUCUAGCCCGAUAACAUUUUCCCCACCCCCCCUCCUCUCCUCCCAGUCCCUCCCCCACCCGCCCCCCUCUCCACUCCUCCUUUGCAGAAAGGUUUUUAACUGGGGUUUGGAAGCUAUUGUUACUCUGCUUGCAAUAACCCAGUGAAUUCCUUUAUUGUAGUGAUUUGUCAAACAGAAAAUGAAGAGCCAAGAGAGCUUAACCUUAGAGGAGCGUUCUUGAGCAACCUGAUGUAGGGGCUCAGGUUACGCAUUGAGCACUAUCAUGGAAUCAAAGGAUAUUAAAUAAACAAACAGUGUCGUGGUCUAAAAGAACAGUAUCUGCUAGUUCUGAGGUAUUGGGCAACCACUUGAUCUCUUAAGUUUUAACUAAAGCCAACACGAAGAAACUACUAACAUAAUUCCUGCCAGUAAAAGAGGUUCAUGAUGGAGACAAAGUGUAGGAAAGGAGACCCCACGUUAUUGUCUGCUCACAGCUUUGAAGAAAAGCCUUGGACUCCGAGGUGUUUUCUACUCCUACGCUCAGGCUCUGAAACAAAAAGACUUGUUUAUUGAUUGUAUGUGUGUGUAUGUGUGUGUGUGUGAAUGUUUUCAUGUGUGUAUGUGCAUCACACUCGUGCCUAGUGCACACAGGCCAGAAGAGGGAGUCAGGCCUGGAACUGGAGUUGUCGACAGUUGUGAGCUGCCAGGUGGGCACUGGGAACUGAACGUAGGUUCUCUGCAAGAGCCUCGAGCCAUCUCUCCAGCCCUUCCUUCUUGCUUUAUAAAUAAAUAAGAUUUCCCUGUGAUUAAACCUCCACAUCCUAAAAAGAAGGUUUUUGCAGUUUAUGUAUUUGUGUGGGGGCGUGCCUGUGCAUUGGAGGUACCUGACAGCUUUUGGGAAUCUGUUCUCUCCUCCCCCUGUGUGGUUUCCAGUGAUCAGCAAACUCAGGACAUCAAGCUUGGUGACAACCCCUGUACCUGGCAGGCCUUUUCUCUGGUGCAGAUCUCCACACCCUGAUCACUGUAUGUUGAUUGUAAUUAAACAAUUUAAUUGUUUCUAGA